GCUGGUCACACUCACUUUACACAAGCCGAGCUGAGUGCAUCAUCCGCUUGGAGCGCACGGAAGCACCGAUUGAGAGCGCUGCUAUUCGCCAACAAGUUGACUUUUCUUCUUCCUUUUUUUGUUUUGUUGCUCUGACAGACAGCCAGGAAGUGCCUGUUUUGUUGUGAGAUACUUUGCGUGAAGAAGGACCAGUGUGAUUUUUUUUCUUGCACAGGAAGUGUUGGCGACACGUAGUGGCUCCAGUCUGGUGCAAAAUUGAUUAAAAAGGUGCUCGGAUCAGAUGGCCGUGCGUGAGAAGAAAAUGUUCCAUGUGUCAAUGGAGCGGAUUUUCACGGUUUUGCAGGCAGAUCAUUUGGGAAAUGCGCACUGCUUGUAAAAAUAAGGAAUAACGCCUUUUUGUCCUGAAGUGCACUUGGAAACUGUGAGCGGAGAUGAUUUGGUUGUUUUUCCUGUGCUCCAUCCUGGAUGGAGCAGUCUCUCAGCUCCGUUACUCUGUGCCAGAAGAGCAGGAGCCCGGGACUGUGGUUGGGAAUAUCGCUGAUGAUUUGGGGCUGGACAUUACUAAACUUUCCGCGCGGCGCUUCCAGACUGUGCCCAGUUCACGGACACCUUACUUGGAGGUGAAUUUAGAAAACGGCGCGCUUGUGGUGAAGGAGAAAAUUGACCGGGAAGAAAUUUGCAAGCAGACCAUCCCGUGCCUUUUGCAUCUGGAAGUGUUUUUGGAGAACCCCCUGGAGCUCUUUCGCGUCGAGAUUGAAGUGAUGGAUAUCAACGACAACCCACCCAAUUUUCCCGAGGCGGACAUUUCCGUGGAGAUAUCAGAGAGCGCCAUCCCCGGGACGCGUUUCCCGGUGGAGAACGCCUUCGAUCCAGACGUGGGCGCAAACGCGCUCAGCACGUAUGCCAUCACGAAUAACAACAAUUUCUACCUGGACGUGCAGACUCAAAGUGACGGCAAUAAAUUCGCCGAGCUCGUGCUGGAGAAACCUUUAGACCGGGAGCAGCAGGCGGUGCACCGCUACGUGCUCACCGCGGUGGAUGGCGGCAACCCGCAGCGCACUGGCACGGCGCUCCUGGUCGUUAAAGUUCUGGACUCCAACGACAACGCGCCCACUUUCGACCAGUCUGUGUACACGGUGGACUUGCGGGAAAACUCCCCCUUGGGCACCCAAGUGAUUCAGCUUAACGCCACUGACGUGGACGAGGGGCAAAACGGGGAGAUUAUUUAUUCCUUCAGCAGCCACAAUACGCCGCGGAUUAAGGACUUGUUCAGCAUUGACGCCAGAACUGGCAGGAUCGAAGUGGCAGGUGAGGUAGACUAUGAGGAGGCCAGCACGCACCAGAUCUACGUCCAGGCUAAAGACAUGGGGGCCAACGCCGUCCCCGCUCAUUGCAAAGUGCUCGUUAAACUUGUGGACGUGAACGACAACACUCCGGAGAUCAGCUUCAGCACCGUGACAGAGUCGGUGAACGAGCAGGACGCCCCCGCUGUCAUCGCACUUUUCAGCGUCUCGGAUCGAGACUCCGGUGAGAACGGUGUCAUGAGCUGCGAGAUCCUGGGGGAUGUUCCUUUCAAGUUGAAGUCUUCUUAUAAGAAUUAUUACACCAUCAUGACUGACGGCCCGCUGGACCGAGAGACCACAGAGUCCUACACCAUCACAGUAGUGGCCAAAGACAAGGGCCAGCCGGCUCUUGCCACCAGUAAGUCCAUUAAAGUUCAUGUGUCUGAUGAGAACGACAACGCCCCGCGCUUUACACAGGCGGUGUAUGACGUGUAUGUGACUGAGAAUAAUGUGCCUGGGGCCUUCAUUCACGCUGUGAGCGCUGUAGACCCUGAUAUAGGACAGAACGCUCUCAUUACUUACUCCAUAUUGGAGUGUGACAUACAGGGCAUGUCUGUGGACACGUAUGUGUCCAUCAAUCAGGACACGGGCUACCUGUACGCGCUGCGCUCUUUUGAUUAUGAACAGCUCAAAGAGUUCAGUUUCAUGGUGCAGGCCAAGGACUCAGGAACCCCAGAGCUCUUCUCCAACGCCACAGCAAAUGUAAUCAUAGUGGACCAGAAUGACAACGCCCCGACUGUCAUUGCCCCAAUUGGUAAAAAUGGCACCGCGAAGGAGCACCUGCCACGCUCUGCUGAGCCCGGAUACCUUGUGACGCGCAUUGUGGCCAUGGAUGCUGAUGAUGGCGAGAACGCACGUCUGUCCUACAGCAUCCUGCGGGGCAACGAGAUGGGAAUGUUCCGCAUGGACUGGAGGACCGGGGAACUGAGGACCGCCCGCCGGAUCUCGCCCAAGCGGGACUCUCUGGGCCACUAUGAUCUGCUGAUCGAAGUGAGGGACCACGGGCAGCCCCCCCUGUCGUCCUCAGCCAGUGUGAGCGUGCUGUUAGUGGACAGUGUUGUGGAAGGUCGCAGUGGGGAUCGUGGCUCUGCCUCUAGGGCGAAGGAGACCUCGCUUGACCUGACGCUUAUUCUCAUCAUCGCCCUGGGCUCUGUCUCCUUUAUUUUCCUCUUGGCCAUGAUUGUCCUGGCUGUGCGUUGCCAAAAGGACAAGAAAUUCAAUCUGUACACCUGCCUGUUGGCCGGCGACUGUUGCAUGUGCUGCGGUUCCUGUUGCAGCAGGCAAGCUCGCAGCCGCAAGCAAAAGAAGCUGAGUAAGUCCGACAUCAUGUUGGUUCAGAGCACCAACGUGACCUCAGGUGUGGGGCCCGUGGGGCAGGUACCCGUGGAGGAGUCCGGAGUGGGCAGCGUAGGAGGGGGUUUUGGCUCCCACCACCACCAGAACCAGAACUCCUACUGCUACCAAGUGUGUCUGACGCCAGAGUCUGCCAAGACGGACCUGAUGUUCCUCAAACCGUGCAGCCCCUCCCGAAGCACUGACACAGACCACACCAACCCGUGCGGCGCAUUAGUCACCGGUUACAGCGACCAACAACCGGAUAUCAUCUCCAACGGCAGCAUUCUUUCGAGUGAGAACAAACACCAGCGAUCGGAACUCAGCUACCUGGUGGACAGACCAAGACGUGUUAACAGUUCGGCAUUCCAAGAAGCAGACAUUGUAAGCUCGAAGGACAGCGGUCACGGCGAUAGCGAGCAAGGCGACAGUGAUCAUGACGCCACCAACCGGGGCCACUCAGCAGGUGCUGACCUGUUCUCCAACUGCACGGAGGAGUGCAAAGCCCUGGGCCACUCGGACCGCUGCUGGAUGCCAUCCUUCGUCCCGUCCGAUGGGCGCCAGGGGCCUGACUACCGCAGCAACCUCCAUGUCCCCGGAAUGGAUGCUACACUGCCAGACACUGAGGUACCCUCCUCUACCGACCUAUCUGAAGUCGCCUUGGCCUCGUCCGCCGCCACGUCCAACGAUAGGUCAUUCUCCACCUUUGGCAAGGAUGGCCAAAGAUCACAGUCACACAACAGCCUUCACCAUCACCUCCAUCAGCAACAGCAGCAGUACAGCUCCAGCACGCUAGAGCGGAAAGAGUAUGAUAGGGGGACCCUUCCGUACAAACCUACCUUUCUCUCCCGCAAGAGGAUUUGCUAGCUCAUUCCAUGUGGACCUGUCGGAGACAGCGUGAAGUUGAGUAAUCGGCCACCAACACUGACGAUGGGGACCGCAGACUGAGGCUAGAUAACAGACAUUUGGACAACAACAACUCUGGAUAAAUGCUAUUUUCUUGGGUGGCAAACGACACGGCAGCCUUGGCUUUGGUUGCCAAACAGGGGAGAGGAGAAUGAAAUUCUGAGUAGCCGUAAACCUUUCAGAGGAGCAUUCCAAGGCCUUAUUUCUCUCAGCAGGACUGAGAUCAGGGCUUGAAAUUGAAGAUUAGCAAGUGUUCAGCAGAAGAACAGGAAUACAACACAAGACUGCGGUUUGGAGAGCUGCGUGUUUACAUGAAGUUACAAACUUGGACCGACAUCCCAUGGAGCCCUUUAGUGAUUUCUCAGUGAGCCAACUGUACAGAGACAAUGCAAAAGCGAGCCAAAAGGCGAUGUACAGGUAAUAUAUGGCACAGAAGGAACUAUGGAUUCUGUAUCUUGGCUUUUUUGACUGACUGUCUUUAUAUAACUUCUCCUUUUUUGUUGCUUUCAGUUGUUCUCUCUGUGUGGUUCACUUGUGGAGAAUCUGAACGUAUUACAACGUAUACUGUAGAUGCGACACGUGGGGAUUUGUUUCUCUUCUGGGUGGCUUUUAAACACGUAGACAAAACCAGUUUAGUAUCACAUGAAUGUUCUAACUUCUAAGCUAGUGAUAUUCCAGCUCCUUUCUGAGUGGGAUGCAAGUGAAGAACGACCAGUAUGUGAUUCUCUUAACGCCCUUGGCCUAUACAUAAACAAUCAGACACAUUCAGUGGUUUUUAUCAUGUGUGCAAAGUGUUUACUGUGCUAUUUUAAAAAGCUUUUCAAUGAAUAUAAAUCUAUACAUAUAUAACUAUAUAAAAAACUAUAUACAAAAGUUGUUGUUUUUUUCCCAAAAAAACUGUGUAACCAUUGAUUUGUGCACCUUGUGUGUGCUACCAAAUUGAGAGUUGCGUUGAUUGAAAAAGGAGGAAAGCUAAACACUGUCAUACCAACCGAGAUUGAGAUUCAUUUUCUUAUUUGUUACUUUCACCGCGGCCAUUUUAAACACGCGGCCAUUUUGUGUACAGCGCAGACACCAAUAUCUUGACCGGAUGUGUAUUUUUAGCCAAAUAUAUGCUCAUGUACAGGAAUAGGGGGCCUCUGACUACUAGGCUAUAUUUGAAGGAUUUUACAAUCACUCACACAUCGACAGGUCAAAUGAUAAAUAAACAGUGUCAUUGAAGAUUUCUACUGUGUGCUCUGUCAAGAAUCAUUUGCCGGAAAUCCAACAGGGAACCUGGUUAUAUUAUGCUUUCACUCUUAUUUUUAACGCAAAUUUUCAUAAGAGACAUUGGGUUGUACUCAGCGUUGGGAGCAACGACCUUAAGAAUAAUGGUGUUACGAUUACUAUGGCAUGAAAUGUUUCACGUUAUUCAGCACUGAUAUCUAAGAACUGUUAUGUGGUCAUAGACCUCUAACAUUCAUGAACAAAUCAAAUUAUCAAAUUAUCCAGCUUCACUCUAUCGCAGUUUUUCAAAAAAAAUGUAUAAUUUGGGGGGGUCCAAACUAGGCACGUGUCAGUUGCCGGUUUCAAGGUAUACCAAGGUAUGAAAAAAUAUGAUAUGGUGAUAUUUGGUGAUUUGGUGAAAAUGUUGAUAUUUUGGCCCAAGGUUAUCAUACCGUCAGAAUCUCAAUUGCAGUCUUCAACUCGUCUCAACUCGUGGCACAUUGUGGAAAUGAAAUGUGCAGUAAACAGCAGAGUCAACUAAUAAAAAUAAAUGAAGAAUACAGUCGGACUCACGCCGUGUAUUAACACAAGACGUGCACCGUAUAGUACGCUAACGAAGAAAUCUACGCAAACUGAGGCACAAUCUUUGCCUACAUUUUCGAUGUAAAAUGAAAAAUAGCAUUUUUCAACCCCACUACAAAUCUAAAUCGUGUAGAUAUUUGAAGAAUUUUAUUUUAAAUAACCCUUGUGAGGAAAAGCGGUAGAAAAUGAAUGAAUGAAUGAACAAUAAACACUAGUAAUGAUUAUUACUUUUGAAUAGGGAUAAGCACCCGGAUGGUUGAGUCAUAAACCGGAAGUGGGCAUGCUUUAACCGAAGUAGGUGUGGCUGACAUUAGUACAUUAUUUUAAGUCUGAAAUUGACAUGGAUUGAUCAGACGUUGCUAUAUUUAUUAUUAUUGGGCUAUGUGUGUAAUGGUUAUUCAUGGUGAAUCAUCUGCACUGAAAAUAUGUAAUCAUGAUGGUUUUGCUCUACUUUCCUAUUUCCUGACCUCAAAGCUAAAAAAAAAAAAAAAAAAAGAAGUGUCCGGUGCCAGUACCCUUCUGUCUGUUUCUUCCAAAUAUCACUGGCAACCCCAACCCCACUCCCUCAUUCCAAUCCCAUCAGCUCUGUCCUCACAUGGACGACCAGAUGUUCACAUGCAAAAAAGGAGAAAGAGCUCUUGAAUUCCGGGUCAUUAAAAGGCGGCCGUCCGUCACUUGACUGCCUGCAAACAGACAUGAUCUGUUUGUGUCCAUCACAAGAUUGCCUUCUUUUAGAAACACAGGUUCAUGUGACUGCCGCAUGUGACUGAUGGGGGUUUCCUGCAUGAAUGAAUGGCCUUUGGGUUUCUGUUGAGCAUCUCACCCAGAAACAUUCCACCAAACGCUAAUGCAAGAGCGUGGAAAUUGGCUUUCAAAGGGAAAAAGUGGCUUAUAAUUCCUUUUGGUAAAUGGCUUGUUUUUAUAUACCAUACUUCUACUCCACGUUCAAGGUUAUGUGGUAUGUUUCAUUAUUCAAACAUUUAAAAAAAAGAACAUAAAUGGCUGCAUUCUGAUCACCAAUAAACACUGAAUCUUGUCUUUCUUAGAAAAUCAAUUAGCCGUCCUUUGUUUAUUGUGGUUAAUUGGUUCCAGCCGCGUCCGCAAUAAGUGAAUUUCCCCAAGUAGUAGUGAAUAUUAAUUAACUAGAGGGGCUCCGAUCGAUCGGCCACAGAUGUACAUCAGUCGAUAUCAGUGAAAAAAAGACAGUAUCGACCCCCUGCCGUGUGUGGGACUUCCUGCCUUUGUGACAGUGUUAAAAAUGUCUUACCGGGGU